CGCACACAUACAUACUCGGGCGUUUAACGGAUGCAACGAAAACCUGCAGUUGGCGGCGUUUAAAGUGCGAAAAAAGUACGCGGAAAAGCCGUUACGUGAAAAAUUCUAGAAAUUCUGCAGGGGAAAAGGAAGACAGCAAAAAAAAACAAAUGAGUUGCAAGCGCUUAGAAAAAAGCAAGCAAAUUGAAUAACAAAGUUUCGUACGCAUAAUCUUAAGCUCGUAAAGUGUCUGCGACAGUGGGCGAGUUCGUGCGCUUAACUGCAUUGCGCGUGAAGUUGAAAGAAAGCGCUGCAUUGUGUUUGUGCUGACUCAAUUUUUGUGCGAAUUUGACUGUGAAACGUGGUUUGGGAUUUUUUUCAUUGAGUCAACAGCAGCUGACGAAAAGAACGUGCCUUCGAGUGUUUUGAAAAGGCAUUCUAACAACAUUAUAUACUACCACUCAACAUGUAAACAAUAUUGCUAAACUCACCAAAUUGCACUCGGUCACAUACGAAUCACUAUAUUAACUGCUAAAACAUUGAGAGAAAACAAAAACAAACACAUUAAAAAAUCCGCUCUCGUCACUGCGGCCAGCGGCAUGUUUGGCCUAUUGGGCUCCUCACAAAUCUAUGGAUUACAACAAGUGCAUGAGUACGGCAACAAGAAUCGCGCCAACAGCGACAUCAACAUAAGCAAUAGAACACACACAAGCCACAAUAACAACAACAACAGCACAAAUAACAGCAAUCGUAAGCAACGUCGUUCCACAUCGAGUCACACGGAGAGCGGCAGCAAAUUCUUCGCCUCACUCAGUUCCAUGCAACAGGGCAUUAAAUCGCCAACGAAUUUCAUUGAAAAGUUCAUUAAAAACGAAUUGCUCAGCGGCUACGACAGCAUAAAGAACUAUAAAAACUUUCAAACGACCACAAGCGGCUCGAACAGCACCUUCUUCACCAGCAGUCACAACGGCACCGCAGCGACACAAGCACGCGCCGCGACACCUGGUUGCGUCGGUGGUGGUGGCGAAGGCGGCGACAUUUUGAGCGCCGAGAGCCUGCUGACCACUUUCAAUUGCCUGCAGGGCAGCUAUCGCAGCAACUGUGAUGGUGAGUUCUACGAGCCGGUGAAUGUGACCGCACAGCGCAAGCAAACAGCGAAUAGCUCUAUAGCAACAACUGGUACGACAACAACAACAGCAACAACGCCGGAAGCGGAUAUGACGAUCAAGUACUCGAAGAACUUGCUCGCGAACACGCCGGACGAACAGUCGCCCGCCACGCUGCAGAACUAUCAGAAGUUGUCGGAGUGCGAACAAGACUUGCUGUUGACGCCGUCGAGUGGCGCGAGUUCAGGCGAAUUUAACAGCGAUGCGAACGGCAGCGGUAGUGGCAGCGGUCAGGCGACAACGCCGGUGAAUAGUUUGUACAAGCGCUUGUCGUUCGGCGGGCGCGCGAGCAAGAAUGCGACGGAUAAUGCGGCGACGGGGACGACGACAGCGGCGACAAAUGAAAAUGUUUCCGACUACUCCUCGUCGAACAACUCAUCCGCCUCAUCGACACUCUCCUCGAAGACUGCUUCGGUGUCACUGAAAUCCAUCGACCUGCAACGCACAUCAUCCGCCUCAUCGUCCGGCGAUUGCGCACAGCUGUGCGAACGUCGAAAAACGUCACCAAACGGAAUUACAGCUGAAUUAAGCACGGAUGCCACCAACACGCUUCAGCUAACGCCGGAGCGCGCGCAACGACGCAAGCUCAUCGCAAUGAUCUCACAUUAUGAACAGCAGACGAAGCUGUUGCAACGCGAACUGGCCAAGGAGAAGCGACGCCGCGGCGAAGAGCUCGCCUGCGUGGCAAAAUCACUGCUGUGCUUCGAGUCGAAGCUGAAAAAGGAUAUGAAGGCCGUCAAUCAGCGACUCUUCGAGAAAGACGUGGAAAUCUGUCGUUUGGUACAACAAAAUCGCGCAUUGCGUAAGCGACUGACGAAAUACACUGAAGCGGAGGGUGAGAAUGCACGAGACGAAGGUGUGGUUGAGGAUGGCGAACCGGAGACCGAGGGUGAGGUGGAGGUGGAGGAAGAGCGUAGCGGAAAAACGAAGGAAGCUGUGCUGGAGCGUCGUACUGCGUCGCCUGCGGCGUACAGCGACCAACAAUUGCUGGAAGACUGUUUGGUACUCGAAGCUUUGCAAUGCAUUAAUUGCAAGAAGCAAUUCUAUGACAUUGAUCUAAAUGAGGGCUGGACACAGAAUACGUCAAAGGAUGGUACAAGAAAAAGUGUUGACCACACCACUGAGCACGGCUCAUCGAGUGAUGAUACAGUCUCAUCGUCGUUUUACGGAGCCCGGCGCAGUGUACGCUACACCAGCAAACGCACCUCCGGCACUUUCCGCGAUUAUAUGCGCUCGCGUGCGAUGAAUAUUGACGAUCCGGCGUUGGACAACAAUUCGGAGGAGAACACGAGCACAAUCAGUCGCGAUGACUCGCAAACCAGCUAUGAAAAGCUCAAUAUGUAUUCGCGCACCAUCGAACGUAUGCACGGCGUGAAGGGCGAAAGUGAGCGCGAGUCGGAGCAAAGCGGUAUGGAGAGUAUGGUACGACCGGCUUCACGACUGAGCUGCAAGAGUAGUGUUAGCAGUAAGAGCAGCAACAGCAGUUGCAGCAAGCAUAGCGCCAAAGCACCGACACCGCAGAUUGAAGAAGACGACGGCAUAUUUUCACCCACACAGGAUGAUGACUUCGAAGAACCAGAAGAAGUCGGUGGACGCAGUAUUAAGAUUGUGAUGCGUCGCUCCACCGAAUUUUCUGAGGCUUCGCCGAAACAAGUCUAUGAGACCUCCACCGACGAUUGGUAUGCUAGUGCCUCCGAUCAAGAGGAAAUCACAACAACUGCAGUGGUACCCAAAUCAUAUGCCAAUGGUGCGGUCAACCCGGUGCUCGAAUGCGUUAAUCAAAUACUAUUGCAACAGUCCAUGGAAGAGCCGGUAGCCGAGCGAAAUAACCAAACGACAGCUCAAAAUCUUCAGGUUAGCUACAGCAAUGCCACCUCCACCGCCAACUUGCCACGUCGCAGCUCGCUGAGUGGACGACGUAGUUCACGUAGCAAUAGUCGCUCCAGUGAUGGGCAGCCGUCUCGUAAUGGCACUUUGACACGGAAGCGUGUACAUUUCUCAACUAAGAAUAGCAUGGUGCAUGUGCCACGCAACGAUGAGCAUGACGAGGAGGACGAAGAUGCCAAUGACGACGACACCACACAGGACACGCAAGAUACAAACGAAGCCAUGAUCUCAAGCCUAGCGCAAUAUCAUCCAAUGAGUUACUACCCACAAGCUGCACAGCAAGCAGCAUCCGCUAAAGCAGCCGCCGUCGUAGCCGGCACCAUUGCUCGAGGCGGCAUGCUUGCCGAAGUGAGCGAGCACGAACGUCUCGAAACGCUAAACUACGAGAGUAUUUAUAGCAACGAAUACGAACCGAUUGGAUCCGAGCAUAAUUCCUCAAAUCUUUAUGUGGACAUGGAGUCCGCAACCAAGUCGGCCGCGAUUAAUGCUACAAGCACUACAGCAGUCGUAGAUACAAAAGUACCAAAAACACCGCCAGCCUUGCCACCGAAACCAGCAAAUUUAUUGAAGUUUAAAAAAUCACUACAACAACUUGAUGAGUUGCCUGACGAGCAUCUCCACCAGGAAGGGCACGCCGUAGUUGAGCCGGACUACUGCUCCAUUUCGGAGGUGAAUAUGGGCAUAACGAGUGUGCAAAUAGUGGCCGACAUACACAAGGCACCUGAAUCGGAAGCUGAUUUAGAGUCAAACUCUGCGCUGGAAGCGCCCAUCUCCGAACUCGAUGUCGAAGUAUCGACAGUCGCCUCCGAUGAGACAUUCGCUGUCUCACAAAAGACUGAUGAAAUCGACGAGAUUUUCGCCGAUGUACCAAAGCUACCAAAUGUGGCGGCCAUUAUAGCGCCAAAGCAGACGAAAAUGCCACAACAACAACCCACACAAAAGCACAAUUUGCCCUCCCCAGAUUACCUGGUGAUGUCGCCCAAAGUAGAGACGCCUAAUAUGAAGUUGCAAAAUGCGCGUAAUGCGACCAUAUUAAAUACGGCCACAGCCACAAAGCAACAGAUCACCUCUAACAAUUUGGAUGGAACACCCAAGGCAAUUACCAAAUCCACAGUGAACACACCCAUAAAGUCCGCCAAUCGUCCGGAUAAUAGCGCGCUUAAACUGCACUUACACACACCCAGUCCGUUGCAAUACAAACGCAAACAUGUGCCCAACAUACUCGCCGAAAUCAAUAAGCGCAUGAGCUUACCCAGUUCACCAACAACACCUACGGCACGACUGAGCUUCGCCACUCCUGUUAAGACGGUGGCCGCAAACAAAUCGCCGCUGCAGCUUGGCGUCAGCACUACGCCGAAUAUGCCCAUUCAAGCAGAGUUCGAUUGGUACAAUUUGGAUGCCGAGUAUGGCAAGACCGCCUCACAACAACCUGAACUACACAAGGUGAGCGACUCGCUCACCAACGGCACCAUGCUCGCCGGCAUACACGAAGAUGGUGAGAGUUUGGUCACAGCAGCCGACGAAUACAACUUGGAUGAGGAGUUCUCGCUCAUCAGUGAUAAACCGGAGGAACUAAACGCCGACAACAGCGAGCAAGAUAAUGAGAGUGCCGAGGAGAAAAGUGAAAUAAGUGUCGUCGAUACGACGAAACCACUGCCGACAAAUAUUAAACUCUCAACACAACGUGCUGAGCCUAAAAAACUCGACAAUGCCGCCGCUUUAAAUGCUGCCAUUUGUGAGGCCGUGAACUUUCCCAUGUUCGGUGAAAGCUCGCCGCUAGUUGCGCCUGGGAUUGCGCAUAACCAUGCCAAGGCAAAGAAAAUUAAGAAGAAUUUAGCCAACUUUGAGAAAUUCAUCGAGGGUUCCGGUUUGAGCACUAAGCCGCUACCGAGCAAGCGAAAAAUCUACUUUGCGGGGCCAUUUGUGUGAAAGGUGGAAGAAAUUGAUUUGGAGCGAAGUCUGGAACGUCUAAAACGAGGAAGAGAGUGCAUAAUGCAACCAAUAAAAAACGAAAAGCUCGCGAAAUCAUAGGCGAAGCGAGUUGGAACUAGCGUGGAGCUGAAUAUUAAAACCGCGCGCGAAGUGAUCUACAAACAUCCAUUUAAAAUAGUAUACCGUUAUGCGUUGUGUUAACAUAAUUUCUUAGCAUGUUUAAGUUGAUAUUUGUUUGUGUUAUUUUUCGUAGCUUGACUUAACGGCAAAAUUUCUUAGGAUCUUAACUCAAAAGAUUUACACGAUUUUUGUUAAUUUUCGAGUACAUUUCUCAAUCGUUCAUUUCCAUGUUUUGUGUAAUUUUUAGGUAUUUUUUAUGGUAUAUUAGUUAAGCGUUUACUAUUUUUGUUAGUAAAAAUCAUGGAUUUUGUUAUGUAUAAGGCAAUUUACUAUGUGUUUCCUGUUCACUAAAUAUAAUUUUAUAAUUACUUACAGUUAAAUUAUUUCCGAAACAUAGUACGCAGUUGUAGCUAUAUACUUAUGUGUAUGUUUAUAUGUUUUUCAUUAUUAGUUUUAAUUAGAAUCUUUUAAUUAUAAAAUUUUCAGCUUUCCGUAGCGAAGAAAUUAAAGAAGAAUUUUAUUAGCAGGCGAAUUUAGCGUUUAAUGUGACGAAUUGUAUUAGAACCUGUAAUAAUUUUAGUUUGAAGAAAUAAAUAAAAGAAAUUUCAAAA